AUGACUGUUCCAUCCGAAGUGGUAAUGAACAUUCGAAUUCUAAAGGCACUAAGCGACGUCUUCCCAGAAGGACCCGCCAGACACUUUAUUAUGGCAAGCACUCUAAGAAAGUUAAAAAAACCAAACGCCAUUACUGGAGAUAUGCUAUGGAAAUUUCUCUCCACACACUACUCCGUAUCUGAAGAACUCUCCAUCCCAAACUCAUCCAGUAAUUAUAUCUGCUUCACACUUGAUGAUUACUUGUCACUGCAGAGUAAAUAA